AUGAAAAAGCACACAAAGUUUAAUUUAAUGGUCUUAAGACUAACCAAGGCUAGAAGAGCAGCCGCAAAAAUGAUUCAAAAAUUUAUCAGAGGUUGGCUUGUCCGGAAAGAUUUAAAAUUUUUAAAAGGAGUUGACCAUAAAAAGCUUAUAAUAUGACGACAUUGUGGCAAAGAUGUCAGGAUAAUUGGUAAUUUUACUAUGCCCCCAUGAGAGGAAGAAAUUCAUCUAAGAUAUACGAAGUAUCUUGAAGAAUUUAUAAGCACUAUAUUAUACGACAGAAAAAUAAAAGCUGGUGCAUAUUGCAUUAAAUUUAUAAUAGAUGGAGUUAUGGUAUGCAACGGUGACUUGGCAAUUUCACAAGAUUCUUUAGGAAAUUAUAAUAAUGUAAUCGGAAUAAGCGACGACAAAAAAAACCUAUCAAGAUCACUCAGCGUUAGGUCUUUUAUAGGUGUAGGAGCUGUUAAUGACGAACUUUCAAAACACAUAGUAACUCAAGAUUCUCAAUCUCCAAUAAUCCUGGCAAGAUCUUUAACCGGGAGCUUAGACUCUCCAAGAGCUUUUGGAGUUUUUGAUGAAAAAAAACCUAAGUCUCCAAUAAGUCUUCUUAUGAGUGGGUCCAUGGCAGCCAAAUCUAAAAAGAAAUCAGCACAACUUACUUCUCAAGGCAGUGCUGAUGCUUAUUUUCUCAAUGAAGAAAUCCAAUCCUUCGGAAUUGCAGAUGGGGUAGGUGAAUGAUCUACCUAUGGACUUGACGCAUCUCGAUUUUCCAAAGAGCUUAUAAGAUACUGUGAGCAAGCUCUCGUUGAAACUUUACAAUCAGAAUGACCUUUCACAGAGUAUUGCGACUUGCUCCAACAAGUAGUAUUUGAAGCUUAUAGAAGAAUAGUCUCCUAUGGAAGUAGCACAAUUCUUUUAGCAAUUUGUAGAGACUCUUUUCUUCAUUCUUUAUCAUUAGGAGAUUCAAGCUUUAUUGUGCUGAGACCUCGAGAUGGCUGCAAGGUAUUAUCAGCAGUCUAUAGAUCUGUAGAGCAGCAGCAUUCUUUUAAUUGCCCUUAUCAGUUAGCAAACUUGCCUAAGCAAAGCAAAUUUCAAGAGCUUAUAGAUAAAGGGUUUUCUACUUUAAUUGCGUUAUUGAAAAGAACUUCACAGAAUAUGAAUGACUCUGUAUUUGAUGCAGAAAGCGGAAUGAUACCAUUGAAAAAUGGAGAUAUAAUAGUUGCUGGAACUGAUGGGCUUUUUGAUAAUAUGUAUGAUAGUGAUAUCAUAAAAAUUGCUGAGCAGAUUAUACAGACUUAUGAUGAGGCCCAGCAAAUUGCAGACGUGCUGUCAAAGACUCUUGUAGAGAGGGCAAUCCAAAAAGGAUGGGACCAGUCUUAUAAAUCGCCUUUUGCAAAAAAUGCAAGCAAAGCUGGGAAGAAGUAUAUUGGAGGGAAGCUUGACGAUACAACUGUAAUAGUUGCUGUUGCAUUAAGUCUUUAA